AAUGAAUCUGAUUCCGCGUGGAGAAAAUGGUCCCUCCAGUAGAAAAGGUUUAUACCGUACUUCAAUGUUCUAGGCAUAGCUAAAACAUCUGCAGACUUGAAAGUAAAACAAAUGCAGCAGAAAGCGAUAAAGACCCUACGCCAGCACCAUCAUCAUCAUCAUCAUCAUCAUUGCUUCAGUCAUCAUCCUCGUAGUAGUCAUCAUCAUCAUAAUCAUGAACGUUUAGUUAUUUAUAAUACAAAUAUAUUUAUAUUGAGUGCACGCGUUUGAUGAAGAUUGCUUUAUUCCAUAUCUGAGCAUUUGGUGUUUGUAAUGGGUUUCUUGUUGGAUAAUUAAAUUCCAUGGCUCACCAGACUAUCUACGGCGUGAAUUCUCCGGGCGUCCAUCAUUACAGCUCCGGGUUUCCUUACGGGUUUACCCAGCCCUUCCAAAACCAGGCUAGCUUGGCCGCUAAAGUGUACAGAGGACCUUCCACUGCAUUACCUAGCUCCCCCGGAGGUUAUACGUAUCCACAUCCCGGGACGGACUAUCGGUAUCCCCGGAAUGGACCCACAGGCGGAUACUUCCCGUUCGGAGGAGGCGGAUUUCCGUCAAAUCCCUCGGAUUACUUCAGCCGAUCGUUGUCGUCUAGAGACUCAACAACAGACUAUAAGUUUUCUCCGGUUUCCAAUAAAGACAUAUUAUCAAAUUCCGGUCUGGAAAAACAUCCUUCCAUCGACAGGAACGUAUCGUCAUCAGCGUAUUCUCAGCUGACGUCAUUACGAACAGAUUCACCUCCGUCUACGUCAUCGUCACCAGUUUCAUGUACAAAAGCCGAAGAAAGGGACAGUCCGGCGUUCAAACUAGACCUAUCGUCAAAGCCGAGGAAAGAGAGGACGGCUUUUUCUAAAAAUCAAAUAAGGGAACUCGAGAAAGAGUUCGGUAUUCACAACUACCUGACCAGACUGAGGCGGUACGAAAUAGCCGUAGCCCUGGAUCUCACAGAACGCCAGGUCAAAGUUUGGUUUCAAAAUCGAAGGAUGAAGUGGAAAAGAGUGAAAGGCGCACAACUUGGAAAGGACAAAAUUACAGGACAAAUAAAACCUAUGAUAAGUCAACACGGUUCCGAAAAUGGCGCCAUGUCCGAACCGUACGGAGAUAACUAUCCACAGACACUGUCCGAUUUGGAAGACAAAUUCGCAGAUUAUAACUAUAAGUUUGAAAAGACCUGCGACUCUAAGCAUUCUAAGUGUUGAUAUUGUUGUUUAUUCAUUUGGUUUGGAAGGACCGUUCUACGUUUAAUGCAAAGAAGGAUAACUCGGCCGUAUCUUAUAGUCAGAAAUUGUGAAGCGGGACAAACGUUUGCUACCUUCAGAUUGUGGAAUUAUGAAUUAACAUUAUAAUGACAAUGUAUCAGCGUCGUAGCAGAAAACGUUCUACACGGUGGGCGAUACAUGUGUUUUAGUGUAUUUCAUCGCUUACUUCCUGUAUAAUUUGUUUAUGAUUGAGUAAUUGAUUGAUAAGUUGAAUACCAAUUAUGUUUGUCUCACGACAUCCUAUAAAAUGUAGAAACGCAAAGAUACGCCUGAUUGUUUUAUUUUUGCUAUAUAAUUGAAUAGUUGGGGAUAUGUGUAUCCUGGUUUUAAACCCCAAGGUUUGAUAAAAGAUUGCUUAUCUACAAAUAUCUUAUCCCUGUCUUUACCGUAUUUGUAAGCAGACUACCUAAUACUUUAUUUGUUAUCAAAUAUCAAAAUAAACAAGCAAAAUGUCGCCAAGGUAUGUUCCUGUAUAACUGACUCAAAUAUAACAUGAAGAAGCCUUGUUGUAUAUAAAACCAGUGUUUCGUGGAAAUAGGUUUUACGCUACCGAAAAUCAUGAUGUUUAUGAUAUUAUGUCCCCUCACUAAGCGAAAUACACAAAAAAAAGUUUAGAAAUUCAACAAUACAGUUCCUGGGUUCGCAAAAGUUCUUUACACUUGAAAAGUCCUUACCUUUACUUUCCAUUGGGAAACAUUAUUAAACUUAAGGAAAUAUUAGGGAAAUUUUCGGGGUUUUUUCGAUGAGGUUUUCCUAAAACCUAAAACUUAAAAAUUUCCUGAAUUUAAGAAAUGUUCGAGAAACUGGACCAAAGUGAUUAUUCGAGGAGCUGAAACGCAUCACCUGUGGACCCCAGAGGGAACUAUAACUGUUGAAUUGUGGUAUCACCUUUUAUCACAAUCACUAUCAAGUAUGGUACCACUUGAACUGUCGUAUCACAUUUUUCAUAAACACUUUCAAGUGAAGUACGUCAAUUAUAUAGAAUAAAAAACAAGGUGGCAUACAUACAAUUCUUGUUAUGUAAUUGAUAGUGAGUACUCGAUACAUAGUCCAUACCACUGUAAAGUACAUAGUUUAGCAAUAGCCAGGUUUGUUUUUGGUUUAUACGGUAUACAUAUAUAUAUCAGUGUUUUCGUUAUAGACCGUAUAAACGAAAAAAUAAUCAUGGUUAUGCCUUAUAAUUUGAUUUUAAAGAACAAUUUUUAAUUCAUAUUUAAUGAAUAUAUAUUAAUUUCUGAUUAAAAUAAAAUAAGAUUGCACAAAACACGAUAUUGCGCAUUAAUUUCAUCGCCAAACAACUUCAAGUAAUCAAGAAUUACAAUUGUACGACGUUAUCAAUUUUUGUAUUGUCUAUUUCUUAGUUUAUACAAUGAUAAUUUACUAUUGUUUGCACCACGCUUUUGCAUUUGAUUUGUGUUUACAGUCUAUCAAAGGACAGAUCAAAUAAUAUCGAAAUAUUCCCAACGACUAGCAAAAAUCUAGAUAUGGCCUUGUAAGGUCAUAAUUUGAGAAUAAAUGAGCCUGUGAAACUACAUUGGUGCGUCGUAGUACGCGCCCGGGGAAUUUAAAACACAGCAUUUGAUUGAUCAUUUUAAAAUCAUUGCGUCAUUCAUAAAAAAUACGAUUGUUAUUGUAAAUAAAUUUGACACAUAUUUAGCGUUAUAGACGUUUUCUGUUUAGUUUUGAAGUUGAAUUAUAAGAUUUGACAAAAUGACAAAUUGGUAUAUCGAUGCACAGACAGAAAACCGAACCUCGGCUUGUACUUCGUUUUCCGGUCAAUAUAUCAAUUGACCAUUUUUUUUUUAUCUAUUCCAAUCUUAAGGACUUGAACAAGUGUAACAUUGGGGGAAUAGCUAAAAUUGAAUUAUUAUUGCUGUAAUAUACGAAUUUAUUGAAAUAUCAAUUUGGGGUAGGUUCGGCCUAUAAUACCGCGGCAGAUUUGGCUUAUGUAACACAUGGAAGUCGUGAAAUUAGCUAGAAAAUCUGACCUUGCAUGCUUUGUGACGUCAUAAUUAUGCUGGUAAACCCAUUCAACAUGGCCGCACAGCAUUACUGUCAAGCGUGACGUCAUUAGAACCUAGCGUCAAAUAUCAAGGUACUAAUUUCCGCACUUUUUAUAAAGCAAUCAUUUUGUCGGUGGGUUUUCAAAAAUGUAAUAAAUGGAUAUUUUAACGUUUUUUUCUGUUGAAUACCAUAUGUAUUUCACUCCUAUGUCUGACCAUAUCGAUAUUUCCACUUGAAGUUCGCACUUGUAUUCUGCCAUACUUGUAAAGUAUAUAUGGUCAUCAACGGGAAACCAUUAAAUAUCCUUGAUA